AAUAUGGAUACCAAAUCCAUUCUAGAAGAACUGCUUCUCAAAAGGUCACAGCAAAAGAAGAAAAUGUCACCCAAUAAUUACAAGGAGCGACUUUUUGUUUUAACUAAAACAAGCCUUUCCUACUACGAGUAUGACAAAAUGAAACGAGGAAGCAGAAAAGGAUCCAUAGAAAUUAAGAAAAUCAGAUGUGUGGAAAAAGUCAACCUAGAGGAGCAGACACCUGUGGAGAGACAGUACCCCUUUCAGAUUGUGUAUAAAGAUGGGCUUCUCUAUGUCUACGCAUCAAACGAAGAGAGCCGAAGUCAGUGGCUGAAAGCACUGCAAAAAGAGAUACGGGGCAACCCCCACCUGCUGAUCAAGUACCACAGUGGCUUCUUUGUGGACGGGAAGUUCCUGUGCUGCCAGCAGAGCUGCAAAGCAGCCCCGGGAUGCACUCUCUGGGAAGCAUAUGCUGAUCUGCACAUUGCAAUUAAUGAGGAGAAACACAGAGCCCCCACUUUCCCAGAGAGAGUACUGAAGAUUCCUCGGGCAGUUCCUGUUCUCAAAAUGGAUGCAUCAUCCUCAAAUACCACUCCAUCCCAAUAUGACAGCCACUCAAAGAAAAGUUAUGAUUCCCAGCCAACCAUCAACAUGCGCUAUAUUCCAAGGGAAGACUGCCCUGACUGGUGGCAAGUAAGAAAACUGAAAAGUGAGGAAGAUGUUGCCAGCAAUAACCAAGUGGAAAGAAAUAUUGUAUAUCACAACACCUCAAAGAUGUCAUGGGGAUUUCCUGAGUCAAGUUCAUCUGAAGAAGAGGAAAAUCUGGAUGAUUACGACUGGUUUGCUGGGAAUAUCUCCAGGUCACAAUCUGAGCAGUUACUGAGACAAAAGGGAAAAGAAGGAGCAUUUAUGGUUAGAAAUUCCAGCCAGAUAGGCAUGUACACGGUGUCCUUAUUUAGUAAGGCUGUGAAUGAUAAAAAAGGAACUGUCAAACAUUACCACGUGCAUACUAAUGCUGAAAAUAAAUUGUACCUGGCCGAAAACUACUGCUUUGAUUCCAUUCCAAAGCUCAUUCACUAUCACCAACACAAUUCAGCAGGCAUGAUCACACGGCUCCGCCACCCAGUGUCAACCAAGGCCAACAAGGUCCCGGUGUCUGUGGCUCUGGGAAGUGGAAUUUGGGAGCUGAAACGAGAAGAUAUUGCCUUGUUGAAGGAGCUGGGAAGUGGCCAGUUUGGAGUGGUCCAGCUGGGCAAGUGGAAGGGGCAGUAUGAUGUGGCUGUAAAGAUGAUCAAGGAGGGUGCCAUGUCAGAAGAUGAAUUCUUUCAGGAGGCUCAAACCAUGAUGAAACUCAGCCAUCCCAAGCUGGUUAAAUUCUAUGGAGUGUGUUCGAAGAAAUACCCCAUCUACAUAGUAACUGAGUAUAUAACCAACGGUUGCUUGCUUAAUUACCUGAAGAGUAAUGGGAAAGGACUAGAAACCUCCCAGCUCUUAGAAAUGUGCUAUGAUGUCUGUGAAGGCAUGGCCUUCUUGGAGAGUCACCAGUUCAUACAUCGGGAUUUGGCUGCUCGGAACUGUUUGGUGGACAGUGAUCUCUCUGUAAAAGUCUCAGACUUUGGAAUGACAAGAUAUGUUCUUGAUGACCAGUAUGUCAGUUCAGUAGGAACCAAGUUUCCAGUCAAGUGGUCGGCCCCAGAGGUGUUUCACUACUUCAAAUACAGCAGCAAGUCAGACGUAUGGGCAUUUGGGAUCCUGAUGUGGGAGGUGUUUAGUCUGGGGAAGCAGCCCUAUGACCUGUAUGAUAACUCUGAAGUGGUUGUGAAGGUCUCCCAGGGCCACAGACUCUACCGGCCCCAGCUGGCAUCAGACACCAUCUACCAGAUCAUGUACAGCUGCUGGCAUGAGCUUCCAGAAAAACGCCCCACAUUUCAGCAACUCCUAUCUGCCAUCGAACCACUUCGGGAACAAGACAAGCCAUGAAGAAAAACUUGGAAUAUUGAUGGGAAUGAAUCUAAAC